CUGGAAAAGAAGACUUAACGAUUAAAGCAACUGUUACUGCCAGACACGUCAACUUCCUCUGUUGAGGUGGGUCUUGAGUCUGGCCUUCUUGCGGUGGAGCAGAACGAACGAACAUAUACGCAGAGUUCCCCCUCGCCCGCCUACUCCGCGUACCUGUUUUUUCGCCUGCUUUCUCGGCGGCCUUUUCUCUCGCUUCUCUCUUCUUUGUCAUCUUUCCCCUUGUGCGGUAUCUGUACCCCCUUUCUCGUGUUUCUGUCUUUUUCUUCCCCCAACUCAUCAGUUUCUCUACGCUCUGCGGCUUUGUCUUCACCGCCCACCUUUUUCCACUGCUCCUUCUCUCAGUGCCCUCAUCCUCUCACGCCAAAGCCUUGCUCGGCUGUUUUUUCCCCUGUGUUCCUGGGCACCCUAUUUCUCCGUCUCUUUUGCUUUUCCAGCCGUCACGUCGCGUGUGUGUAGGCCUUUUGCAUCCGUUUUCCCCUUUUCACCAUCUGCUUCAUCUCACUCGCCCAAAGACAGGUAUCUCUGCCUCUGUCGUUUUCCUGUUUCUCUGGCGUUGCGGUCUGUCAUCUUGUCUGUCAGAACAGUCGCAUUAUCCAGCGCCAUUCCUGUUUCGCCUUUCCAUAGACUCCAGCUGCUCUUCCUGUUCAUUUUCUGCUCCGCUUCCCCCCAGUCUACGUCAUCUCAACUAUGUCACUUUCGAACGCUGUAGAACUUGGGUUUCGUUUACAAAGCGCUUCAAGAUCUAAACAGGAGUCAACCUUGUUGUCGUUUUUACUUCGAACUCGAUAUGGUUCUCGUUCGAAGCCCGCGGUGGGGGCCUGCCCCUGAGGCGGCAGGUUCUUCCUCUCCGCUGCGAGAACCUCGCGUCUCUCCAUGCGAACGAAACGAUGCCGGUUCUCCAUUUCCACUCUCCUCAAAGUCACGCCUUAGACUCGGCACAGAGCGACAGUUGCCGCCGUCUGCUGCGGAGUGUCCGUCCUUUUCGUUUUCGUCCUCUCCCCUGCCGCGACGACCGUCUCUCAACGCCGAUGUCUCCGGCAUUCCUCACCCGCGUCUCUCGUCCUUGGACGCGAGAGAGGGAGAAGAGGGAAGACAAGCAGAUGAGAGCAGAGGGCGAGCAGCUGAGGAGGGAGAGGAGGAAGAGAAACGCUUUGCCGCAAGCGCAGGAGACAGCAGAGGACAAGCCGGAAAUCUGUCUCGCGCAUCUGCGAUUCGCUCUUCUCGCCCAAAGAUGGGCACCAGUGGCGUCUCCUCCACCACGCUCAUCCCCCUGCCUUCUCGAGCGUCUUCGACUCUUCGCCAUGCUUCUUCACCCAGCCGUCCUGUGCUCGCGAGACUCUCCUCUUCGUCUCCUGUCGGCUCUGGCCGUGGAGCCCAACUAGCGGCCCCUGCGACCGCAGCACGAGAGGACGCAGGCCACUCCGAUCUCUCGCCGUCGAGCGUCGCCGCCUUCUCUCCGUCGAAGCGCCUUCGGAGAACCGAAGAUCAGACACACAGUUUCUUGUCGCAGCCCUCCGAGCCUGCUCUCCCGGCUUUGCACUCGGUUUUGACAGGCUCCGAGGAGACUGAGAGAGCUGGGUUCAAGUCCAUGUCCUCCUCCACGGCUAGCAGGUCCUCGCCUCUCAAGACCAACGCGAUAUUUCUGAUGGCUUCAGACUCCCGACAGGAGGGGGCGCCCGCAGCCUCCGCAGAGGUCUCUGCUCGAGGAGACAUGCAUGGAGUGUCGCCGAGUGAGAGGAUCUCUGUAGCGGAGGAAAGAAUCUCUCCGCUUUCGUCGCGAUGCUCCAGACGCGCGCCUGCGAGCGCAAACGAAGUGCCUCAGAGUGCCGCGUUGUGCGCAGACAAACAUUCGAGAAACGAGAAACUUCGGGAACUCGAAAACCUUCAGCACGUUCUGCCUGCUUCCGGGUCACUGAGGGAGUACGUACAGCAGGCAGGUGAAGAAGCCCGAUGGAGAGAGAGAGGCGACAGCGGACCGUUUUCUCUUCCCAAGACUGCGGAAGAGUUCCGAGACCAGUGGAGACCAAUGGUCGACGCAACUGUCAAGAAACUUUGCGAUAUGACUGACGAAGAAAAACAGGUGACCCCUUACAUCAUGCUCGAGGGCCGCAUGCUGCGCGCUGUCCGUCGGGCGUCGGCGUCCCUGGCGAAUCGACGAACGAAGGCUGUGGCCUUCAACUCGGAGGUUCGGGAUUUGUUUUCAAGGGAGCAGCGACUGUAUGACGAGAGCGAACGGGAGUUUGAAGUCGUCCAGCGCGUCGCGCAGGACCAAGCCGGCGGCCAGGAGAAGCUGGAAAAGCGCCUGAAAGACACGCAGAGGAAGAAGGAGCAGGUCGAGGUGUAUCGACAGCAAGUGCACAAGAAGAUGGCAAAUCUGUCCUUCACGAGGCAGAAGAAGCUGCGGCUCUUCGAGGCGCUCGAGAGCGCGAAAAAAGAGUCGUCCUCGAAGGAGAAGAGCCUGCAAGCCCUGUACCAACUGCUGCAGUGCACCACGCGAUUCAAAGUGAACAAAGUCGACGGCGGCCUCGUCACCGGGGCGCUUGUGCCGGAGCAGAAGAGCGCGCUCUUUCCCCAGCUGCGGAAGGUGGGGAAAAAUGCCCAGCAGAUAAUCAAACACGGCGAGGGCGACGAAGAAGACAUGUUAGAAGACACCACGGCAGAACCUGCGAUUCUCACGCUGGAUUGCGAAAAAGAAAACCAAGGAGGAAUGGAUGCGGACGUCCUUUGGAGCCUCAUCGAGGACACUCUGGGCGUUGGAGGCGUCCCCGUCCCUCAGCUGCUCAGUGCUGUUCGGGGCGAGUAAGUCGGAGAAAGAACGAGGGAGAACAGAGAGGAUGGCGGAGAGAAAGCGGAGUAGACACGGCGCAGACGAUAGAAAAGAGAUCGAAAACUUGGCGAAAAGGGAGAUCUCGACUACUCCUUUUUGUGGCCUCGACACGAGGAGAAAGAGGGAUAGAGAAAGGGUCAGGAAACAGCGGGGGACGGGAUUUCGACAGCCGUAAAAACAAACGUUUCUUUGACGAAUGUUGCGCAGCUCUUCCCUCGUCCCUUUCUUUCUUCCGUCGAUGCUUCCUGCCCUCAAAUAUGUAGUGUGAACCUUGUAAAAACAUUCAGAAUCGUAAGGCUUGCCAUGGGAACCUAGCGCGGCCGUCGAACGCUCAAAGCAUCUUACGUGCUUCGAUUUGUUAGUCUCUGAG